AUGCGGCCGUCGGCGUCGACCGCGUCGCUAGAGGAUGCCGCGACGGCCCUCGCACCCCUCAGGCGGGUCCGCGUCGACCUGGUGGACCUGCGGUACGCGCCCAUCGUGCGAGACGCCAAGGGCAAUCGCGCCCCGAAGCGAGUCAUCCACGGCUGCACCACGUCCUUCCUCCCCGGCACGGUCUCGGCGCUGAUGGGACCCAGCGGCAGCGGCAAGACCAGCCUCCUUACCGUCAUCGCCGGGUUCGUCGACCAGUCGCACGUGUCCGGAAACCUCCUGGUCAACGGCGAGCGGACCCAGGUUCGUAAGAGGCUGGUGGGCAUCGUGUUUCAGGACGACAUGAUGCUCCCCGCGCUCACCGCGUUCGAGACGGUAAAGUUCGCGGCGGACCUUCGCAUGCCCCGGCGCUGCUCCGACGCCGAGCGGACGGAGGCGUGCGACGCCAUCCUCAACGAGCUCGGCCUCGCUCACGUCCGCGACCAGCUCGUCGGUGGAGCCGCGAGGCGCGGGGUCAGCGGCGGCGAGCGAAAGCGACUCGCCGUCGGCGUCGAGCUCGUCACGCGGCCGGCGCUCCUCCUGAUGGACGAGCCGACGAGCGGGCUCGACGCCGCGGCGGCGCUGUCGCUGAUGCGGACGCUGAGGACGCUCGCGUCGCGCGGCCAGACGGUCGUGGCGGCCAUACACCAGCCGAGGACGACCGUAUUCGACUCUUUCGAUCACCUGGUGCUCAUGUCCAAGGGACACGCGUUGUACGACGGAGCCCCCGACGGUUGCGUGGGACACCUGGAAAGCCUCGGUUUGGGGCUGACGCUGCCGCCGAGGACGAACCCCGCGGACUGGCUCAUGGACGUCAUCGCCGCGGACGAGUCCCUGGGGGAGGAUACCCGGAAGCUACCGGAGGGAUGGAAAAACGCAAAAACGCAAAAGGAAAAACGAGUCUUCGUCGUCGGCGACUCGGACGCGCCCGGGACGGACGGCGCCGCGGGAAAAAGGGACGACGACGACGAUGAGGGCGCGUCCGUGUGGCGCCAGCUCAGGGUUCUCACCGUGCGCGAGGACAAAUCUCGCAGGGGUCAGAACCUCACCGCCAUCAACGCCUCGCAGAUGUUGGUGAUGGCGAUACUGACGGCGAUGUUUUGGUGGCAGAUGCCGGAUGACACGGACGCCUUCGUGAUGGAACGUUUCUCCAUCCUGUUCUUCUGCAUCAUCGCUCAGUCCAACGCGGUGGUGUUCGCGUGCGUCAACACGUUCGCCAAGGAGAGGCAGCUGAUGAUCAGGGAGAACGCCAAGGGGAUGUACCAUCCGCUGCCGUUUUUCAUAGCCAAGACUGCUUCGGACACCGUCAACACGCUGGUCAUGCCGUGCCUGUACGCGACGGUGACGUACUGGUGCGUGGGUCUGAAGCGAACGGCGGAGGCGUACUUCGUCUUCAUAACAGCCUUCGCGCUGUGCAUACUGGUGGCGCAGUCGCUGGGUUUGGCGUUGUCGUGCGCCAUUCCGGAUGUCCAGGUGUCCCUCAUCGUGGCGCCGAUGGUGAUUCUCAUGCUGAUGAUUUUGGGCGGAUUCUACGUGACCUUCAGCAACAUGCCGGUGUUCAUACGCUGGCUGAGCUGGUGCUCGCAGGCCAGGUUCGGGUUCACCGCGAUGGUAGUCAACGAGUUCAGCGGCCGGACCUUUCAGUGCGAUCCGAACGGUAACCACGCCAGGUACGGGACGGGGUGUCCAGUUAGAGGGGAGGACGUCAUAACAGCGUUGGAGAUGGACGACCUCAGCGUGGGACAGUGUUUACUCGCGCUGGCGCUCAUGCAGGUCGGGCUUAGGAUAGCAGCGUACGUGGCCAUGGUGGUGAACUUCACCAGGCUCAAGCAAUAG